GGGAGGAGGAAGGCCAAGGGUUAAAAUAGAGAAAGUCCGAAGGGGCCUGGCAAGAAAGGCAAAAGGCGAGGGGAGCAACGAAAGAGGAGAGACUUGCCACCAGUCCACCGCCGGAGUGAGUGACUGAGGCGGCGGUUGGAGCUCGAGCGGCGGCGCGAGGGCAGAGCGCGAGCCCGGGAGGCGAGGGCGCAGGCGCAGGGGAGGGCGCAGGCGCACGAGGGCCCGAGGCCAGGCCGAGCUUGCCGCCGCCGCCGCCGCCGCCCGACGAUGGACUUCAAGACGGCGGUGUUCAACGCGGCCCGCGACGGCAAACUGCGGCUGCUGCAGAAGCUGCUGACCGCCAAGAGCCCCGACGAGGUGUCGCAGCUGGCGGCCGAGAAGACCCACGGCGCCACGGCGCUGCUGAUGGCGGCCCGUUACGGCCACCUGGACGUGGUGGUUUACCUGCUGGAGGAGUGCGGCGCCGACGUGGAGCUGGGCGGCUCGGUCAGCUUCGACGGGGAGACCAUCGAGGGGGCGCCGCCGCUCUGGGCCGCCUCGGCCGCCGGCCACCUCCCCGUGGUGCGGUCGCUGCUGGAGCACGGCGCCUCGGUCAACAACACCACGCUGACCAACUCCACCCCGCUCCGGGCGGCCUGCUUCGAUGGUCACCUGGACAUCGUCAGGUACCUGAUCGAGCACCGCGCCGACAUGGAGGUGGCCAACCGGCACGGCCACACCUGCCUCAUGAUCUCCUGCUAUAAGGGCCACCGGGAGAUCGCCGCUUACCUGCUGGAGAAAGGGGCUGACGUCAACAGAAAGAGCGUCAAAGGAAACACAGCUCUUCAUGACUGUGCUGAGUCUGGCAGCCUGGAGAUCAUGAAGAUGUUGCUCAAAUAUGGAGCCAAAAUGGAGAAAGAUGGUUAUGGGAUGACCCCACUGCUUUCCGCUAGUGUGACUGGUCACACCAACAUUGUGGACUUCUUGACCCAGCACCCGAAAACAAGCAAAAUUGAACGUAUUGAUGCCCUAGAGUUGCUUGGAGCAACAUUUGUGGACAAGAAGAGAGACUUGUUGGGAGCUAUGAAAUACUGGAAGAAAGCUAUGGACAUGCGAUACAGUGAUGAGGCUAAUGUCCUCACGAAACCGGAGCCCCAGGAGUUGAUAAUGGCUUACGAUUAUGCCAAAGAAGUAACCUCUGGAGAGGAACUGGAAGCCUUGAUUGCUGAUCCUGAUGAAAUGAGGAUGCAGGCACUUUUGAUAAGAGAGAGAAUACUAGGUCCUUCACAUCCUGAUACCUCUUACUACAUAAGAUACCGAGGUGCUGUCUAUGCUGAUUCUGGCAAUUUUGAAAGGUGCAUCAACUUAUGGAAAUACGCAUUGGACAUGCAACAGAACAACCUGGAUCCACUGAGUCCAAUGACAGCGAGCAGCUUGCUGUCUUUUGCUGAACUUUUUUCUUUUAUGCUGCAAGAUCGGACAAAAGGUGUCUUAGGAACUUCUGUGUCCUUCAAUGAUUUGAUUGGAAUAUUGAAUAAAAGUGUCUUUGAAAUAGACAGAGCCAUGAAGCAGUUACAGACUCCACCUGAUUUGAUACAGUUAAGCAAAGCUCUGUCAAUAAUCCUGCAUCUAAUCUGUUUGUUGGAGAAAGUGAAAUGUAGCUCUGAGCAAGAGUACCUCAAGCGACAAACUAUCUAUAAGUUCCUAAAACUGAACUCCCGAGGCAAAACUGGGUUUUCCCCACUUCAUCUUGCAGUUGAUAAAGACACUACUUCUGUAGGUCGCUAUCCAGUUUGUAAAUUUCCAUCUUUGCAAGUCACUGCAAUGUUGCUGGAGUGUGGAGCAGAUCUCAAUGCAAGAGACUUUGAGGACAACAGCCCAUUGCACAUUGCAGCACGUAACAAUCAUCCCGAGAUCAUGAAUCUUCUAAUUAAGGCGGGGGCACACUUUGACACCACAAACUCCCAUAAGCAGACUGCCUGCGAUUUACUAGAUGAGAAGGAAAUGGGGAAAAACUUAAUCCAGCCUAUCAACCAUACAACUUUGCAGUGUCUUGCUGCCUCUGCCAUAGUAAAACACCAAUUAGUUUAUAAGGGACAGAUCCCAGAAAAACUGGAGGCUUUCAUUUUGCUCCACCGAUGAAAUGAACAAUUUUGGAGUUAGUUUCUAGAAUGUCUAUAAAUAUGGGAAGAGAAUGGUCACGUGCUCUAGUUUUCAUCUGUGCGCUAAGAGAUGUUGAACGGAUUCAGCAGCUGUUAGUGAAUUUUGAUGAUUGCAUGUUUUGUUUCGCCCUCUUGGUCACCUUGCAUCCCAAUUCAUGCACAGUGGUAAUGCAUGUGUAUAUACUAUAUUAUAUCUGUUUGUCAGUAUUUUAAUGAAAGCCUGCUCUAUGCUGCUUUGCUUUUGGUUAAACUUGGGAUUGUUUAUAAUAGUUUGGAGUCCUAGCAACACCUCUGCCAAACUUGAUUUUGUUUUAAAUAUUUACAAGUAAUGAAAUAAUAGAUUUAAGCUGACUUUUUAAAAUUUCCCUUUUCCCUGAUUAGUGUAGAUGCAAUAGUCUCACUGGGGUUGGGGGAAAGAAACUUUCGGACAUUCUAUUUCUUUGAUUCUGCACGCUGUCAAAGCUGGCUUUAACGUCAAUACCUUAAGUGCUUUUAAGUCUCCAGUGCAGUUGCUUGAAGAAAAGACUGCUCUAUGUUGACACAUCACUAUGCAGAUACUGGAAAUUGAUUAGAGCAUUGGGCAUCUUUCUCAUGCUUUUUGCAGGAUGCUCAAGUUAUUUAAAAAAGCUUUGCAUUUUUCAAACUGCAUACGGUAUCCUGACCACUUUACUAAUGGAAGCACCCAUGGGCUUUUUGUAUAUAAAUAGGGCUAUACCCUUGAGGUUGCUGCAUUUGACUCCUUUUUACUGUGUUAUGGAGUGAGGAGAAAAAUAAGUUAUUUUGAUCCACAUGAGUUAAUGCAUCAUAAAAUGGAGAUUUCAAAUCCUUUUUUAAUAGCUUUGUACAGAAAACUGGAAAGAUUUGUUUUCUUUGAAGAACAGCCUGCCACCUACAAGGUGUUAAUAAUUACCAGCUAUUGCAUCAAAGUAAUUGAUAUCUGAAAGAAUAUCCACAUUACUGUUGUAACAGGAAGGGUGACAUUUGAGGGUUUGGUUGGAUUCAGGUAAAUACUGUAAUUCUGCACUUUAUUGAUACAGAUGAGAACUAUUAUGGCUCAUUGGCCAUGUAAUGUCUUAAAUGAAGCAUUCACAAUAAAAUGCAAAAAAACUGCA